AUGUCUUCUACAUUACUCUUCCGUGCUCUAGGGUCGUUCUCUUGUGUUUUCCUCUUCGGCUUCCUCUGUUCAUCCGCAUCCUGCCGUGUAGCCGACGCUGCCGGCACGCCCGUGCUGCAAGCGCUGAACUGCACCUCGGCAGCCGGCAACUACACGCAGGAUAGCGCCUACGCCGCCAACCUUGGGCAGCUGCUGCUCGCACUCCCAAACCAGACCGUGUCCAAGAACGGCGGGUUCUUCAACGGCACGGCCGGCAAUGGCACGGCCGGCACCGUGUACGGGCUCGCCAUGUGCGCCGCCGACUUCAGCCGCGCCGACUGCAUGGACUGCCUCACUGCCGCCAGCAGUAGCGCUGGCGGCGUCGUCAAGCGCUGCCCCGGCAGCACGUCAGUCAUCGCCAUGUUCGAUCAGUGCCUCCUCCGCUACUCCGACCGUAACUUCUUCGGCACAGCCGAAACUGAUAUAGUUUACGGAUCAAAAGGAGAUGUCUUGUCGACGAGGGGUACAGUAAGCAGCACGCUGAAGCAGGGCUUGUUCUACCUAAGCGGGCAGGCGGCGAGGUCGCCGGUGCGGUUCGCCGCGAGCGAAACGGCGGAGCCGUUCGCCGUGGUGCAGUGCACGUGGGACCUGCCGCCGGACGCUUGCAAGAGCUGCCUGGACGCCCUGGCGACCAACGCGUCGGACCUGUUCGAGAUCACGACGCGCGGCGAGCGCAAGAGCUUCAGUUGCCGUGUCAGGUACGACGUCAACACCAGCUUCACGUUGGUGCCAUUCAACAUAAGCACUGCAGGCACCCCUGGCCCUGGAUCUGUCAUUUCUACAAAGAACAACAACGGGCCGGUGAUGAUUGGAUCCAUUAUUGCCGCCGUCGUUUUGGUGGUCCUCAUUUCAGUUGUUGUUUGGCUUUGUGUCAGGCAUAAAUCUACCAAGAAGGUUGCACUCGCUGGUCCAAAAUCAUACUCCCAGGAGGAACUCUACGCUGCAACAAAUGGCUUUUCAAAUGACCGGAAGCUAGGACAGGGUGCUUUUGGCGCUGUAUACCUUGGUGUUCUAGCAGAUCAUUCCCAGACUCAUGUCGCUGUCAAGAGGAUACAGAGAAUGUCGGAGGCAGCAUGGCAAGAGUUUGUGGCAGAGAUAACGAUUGUAAGCCAGCUUAAGCAUCGCAACAUUGUGGACCUCAUCGGUUGGUGCGACGACCGUAACAACGCUCUGCUUGUCUACGAACUGAUGGACCGCAGCCUUGAUUACCACCUCUACCCCCCACCCCCAGAACGCGUGGGGGAAGAAACGGAGGUUGUGCUAGAUUGGAAGAAAAGGUACAAUAUAAUCCUCGACAUGGCAAAUGGUCUUCUGUACCUACACACGGCUCGCAAUGAAUGUGUCCUCCACCGGGAUAUCAAGCCAAGCAACGUGAUGCUCGACGAGAAGCUCAGCUGUGCAAAACUUUGCGACUUUGGGCUGGUGAAACAAAUCGACCAUGCCGAAGGAACCCCAGGUCGGCAGACGACCAUCACUGGCACGCUGAGCUACCUAGACCCAGAAUGCAUCAGGACAUCGAUCGUGAGCACAGCUUCAGACGUCUACAGCUUCGGUUUGGUCAUGCUUGAGAUCGUUACUGCUCGGCAGCCAACGACGCUGCAGCAUGGCCAUAGCAAGAAAAACACCCUCGUCGAGUGGGUGGAGGAGUCGUUCCGUCACAGAAAAUCGGUUGCCGACAUGGCAGAUCAGAGGCUGAAAGGCGAGUUUGAUACAGAGCAGAUUGAACGGGUGAUCCGGGUUGGGUUGCUAUGUGUGCUUCCAGAGCCUAAACAACGGCCGGACAUGGCGACAGUGGUGGACUAUCUGAAAGGAAGAACCGCUGUUCCAGAGCCAUAUCCUGCAGGUGCAGCUGACCGGCAUGCUGCCAACAGCUAUGAAUCGUCGCCUGUGUCUCUGCUCGUUAAGUGA